CUGGGUAGUAUCGAUGUAGGAGCCUGGGAGCCUGGGAGCCUCCAUGCCUAAAUCAGGAGGAAUGUUGUUCCGCACAGCUGGACUGGGAAUAGCGUAGUGGGCGCCCCACACGAGCAGCUGUGGCCAAUCGGCAGCCGCAGCAUGACCGAUGACUCAAAGAGCCCGACAGCGGCCCAGAAAAUUUCCCCAACAAACUCCAAAACAACAAGAACAGGCAUUCCUUCCUUCGCUACAGACCGAUAAGAGCGGAACAGCGUUGUCUUCUGCGAUUCGAAAUUCCAGAAUAUUCAUCAUUCUCCUCUCAAUCACACACCUACAAACACACAAUGGCUAAGCCCAAGGUCUGUCUGGCGUACUCUGGUGGCCUGGAUACUAGCGUCAUCUUGAAAUGGCUCAUCGAGCAAGGAUACGAUGUCGUCGCCUUCAUGGCCGAUGUCGGUCAGAUUGAGGACUUCAGCGCCGCCGAAAAGAAAGCCCUCGCCGUUGGUGCUGUCAAGUUUGUCGUCGAAGACCUCAAGCGCGAGUUUGUUGAAGAGCUUUGCUUCAGGGCUAUCCAGUGCAAUGCCAUUUUUGAGGACCGAUACCUGCUCGGAACAUCCCUGGCACGUCCAGUCAUUGCCCGUGCGCAAAUGCGCGUGGCCCAGCAAAAUGAUUGUAUCGCAGUAUCUCAUGGCUGCACUGGCAAAGGAAACGACCAGGUCCGCUUUGAGCUGGCCUUCUAUGCUAUUCAGCCCUCCAUUAAGGUGAUUGCCCCGUGGCGUCUACCCGAAUUCUUCGAGCGCUUCGCCGGCCGAAAUGAUUUGCUCGACUACUCCGCCCAGGCGGGAAUCCCUGUCACGUCUACCAAGGCCAAGCCCUGGAGUAUGGAUGAAAACCUGGCUCAUUGCUCUUAUGAAGCCGGUAUCCUGGAGGAUCCCAACAUCACCCCCCCAGAGGACAUGUGGAAGCUGACCGACUCUCCUCUCAACGCUCCCAACACCCCCGAAGAGUUCACCCUCUCUUUCGAAAAGGGUAUUCCCUCCAAACUGGUCACUCCUUCCGGCCAAACCCUCACCGACUCGCUGGAUGUGUUCACAACCUUGAAUGCCAUUGGUCGUAAGCACGGUAUUGGGCGCGUGGACAUUGUUGAAAACCGAUUCAUCGGGAUCAAGUCCCGAGGCUGUUACGAUUCCCCCGCCAUGACUAUUCUCCGUGCUGCCCACGUCGACCUGGAGGGUCUGGUCCUGGAUCGUGAGGUCCGCUCUCUGCGUGACCAAUUUGUCACCUUCAACUGGUCGAAGCUGCUGUACAAUGGCCUCUACUUCUCACCGGAGCGUGAGUUCAUCGAGAAGAGCGUGAUUGCCAGUCAGGAUACCGUCAACGGAACUGUCCGUCUCGCUGUCUACAAGGGCGCUGUCUCUGUCCUUGGCCGUUUCUCCGAGACGGAGAAACUGUAUAGCGCCGAGGAGAGUAGCAUGGACACCCUGAUCGACUUCAGCCCUGUCGAUACUACUGGCUUCAUUGGCAUUUCCAAGAUUCGUGUCGCCAAGUAUGGCCAGGCUAAGGCAGAUGCAGGCGAGAGCCUGAGCCGUGCGUAAAUCUCUGUUUCUCAUGCGAUGUUAUUGUGUACGACACGAAGCGUUAUUUUCCGUUGGCAAAUAUAUAUUAUGUUUAUAAAAAGAAAAAUGAAUCCACGUAUUAAUGACUAUUCUCAACAUCGUCU